ACUCCGCUCCCCGGAGGACCCACGGCGGCUCUGCAGCCAUCACAAACACUCGGCUCCUCCCGGACUCUGGGAGCCUCAGGGCGGUUUCUGUGCGCGACGAUGUUGACUGUGAUGAUCAGAGGGCAGGCGGAGCCCCGGGCCUCGGGCUCAGGGUUGAAGCUGGAGCUGUAAUCGCGGUGGUCUGCUCUCAUUGUGUGCUGAGUGGCGCAGGAGAAGAGGAUGUCUCCGCGGCCGCAGGAACCCCUCCCAUUCCUGCCACAACACUUGAUUAUUAGCCGACGCCGAGGGGCUGUUGUCCCCCUUCUGACUUCUGGCUUGCUCAUCGGAGGAGCGCUGCUUUUUGAGGGACUUUGUCCACCAUGCUGCCCGCUCAGGAAUCAUGAAAACUCUAAAUGAAAACAACGAGGAGGAGGAGGAGAAGGAGGGAUCUGGGUGCAACGCCAUGGAGGAAACGGAGAACAAUCUGAAAACGGCCAGGUUGUGGAGGGAUGCCGCCCUCCGCUCCAGGAAGCUGCGGAGCAACCUCCGCCAGCUGACCCUCUGCUCCAAAAACAACCAGAUCAUCCUGCCUGACGAUAUAUCCGACAUAGAGGUGCUCAACCUGGGAAACAACUCCCUUCAGGAGCUGCCGGACGGACUGCAGUCCACCCUCAACAACCUGCGCAUCCUCAUCCUCCGCAGGAACAGGUUCUCCUCUGUGCCCAGGGUGGUGUUUGAGCUGGGGCAACUGGUAGAGCUCGACAUGAGUCACAACUGUGUGAGAAGCCUGCCUGAUGGUGUGGGGCAGCUGAGAGGACUGAAGAAGCUCUGCAUCAGUCACAACAAACUCCAGAACCUUCCAGCUCAGAUUGGAGCGCUUCAGACUCUGGAGGAACUUGACAUCAGUUUUAACGACCUGCACGACUUCCCCAGGUCUUUUACCAGCCUUUGCAAGCUGCGAACUCUGGAUGCAGAUCACAACAAGCUGAACCGGUUCCCCGCUGAGAUCUUGGCCCUGGGGGAGCUGGAGGAGCUUGACCUCUCUGGGAACAAGUUUCAGGCUUUGCCAGCUGACAUUUUGAGGCUGAAGUCCACCAAGAUCCUGUGGCUCAGCAGUCUGCACAUGUCCUCCUUACCUGACACUUUCUGUCACCUGCACAACUUGGAGAGUGUGAUGCUGGAUGGAAACAACCUCACAGUGCUGCCUUCAUCCUUUGCUCAGCUGCAAAGACUGAAAAUGAUAAAUUUGUCCUCCAACGAGUUUAACGAAUUUCCACAGGCUGUUUUAAGCAUUACAGGAUUAGAGGAACUGUACCUGAGCAGAAAUAAACUGACUAAUAUUCCAGAGGGAAUUGCUCAGCUGGUGAAGCUGGUAAAUCUCUGGCUGGACAACAACAACAUCACUCAUCUACCUGAUUCCAUUGUGGAGCUGGAGAAGUUGGAGGAACUUGUUUUACAGGGUAACCAAAUAGCCAUUCUUCCAGAUCAUUUUGGCAAGCUGUCCAGGGUUAACAUUUGGAAGGUGAAGGAUAACCCUCUCAUCCAGCCUCCAUAUGAGGUGUGCAUGAAGGGAAUCCCAUACAUUGCUGUCUACCAGAAGGAACUAGCACAGUCUCAGCUUGCUGUGAAGCCAUGGCUCAAACUGGUUCUGAUGGGGACAAAAAAUGCUGGGAAGACCAAGCUGAGACAGAGCUUGGUACCAACUGAGCAGGAUGUCAGAGGAACCCAGGGAAAUAAAGGAAUAGAAGUCACUAAUUGGGUGGCAGACUCUGAUCGCCAUCUAAUGUUCUUAGUGUACGACUUGUCAGGGAACCUAAACUAUGACCUCAUCAAACCCUUUUUUCUCUCCCCCGGUGCUCUCUAUGUUCUCGUUGUCAAUCUUAAAGCUUACUCGCCCAAGAACUUUUAUGCCCACGUCGGGUAUUUCCUUCACCUGCUGUGCGCUAAAGUCCCUCAUGCUGUUGUGUGUUUGGUGGGGACACAUGCAGACCUGUGUGGAGAGAUGGAGGUGGAGGAGAAAACUCUGGACAUACACAGACAGAUCGGCCUCCAGGAGAGGAGCGACAUCCAAUGUCUAAGAAGCCUGGUCCAGCAGGUAGACCUUGCUCUGGAGCAAGGCUAUAAGGUCCGCACCUCCAGCCCACACGUUCUCUUUUAUGGUGUCAGCGACAAGAACCUGAGGCGCAAGAAAGCCCAGUUGCAGUACAUGCUUAACCAGCGAUUGCAGAUCCUGUCCCCAGUCCUGAAUAUUAGCUGCACAGAGACCCAGAAGAACAUCCAGAGGCUGAGGGAGAAGCUCAUGUCGGUUGCAGACCACAGGGAGAUUUUCCCCAACCUUCACCGUGUGCUGCCAAAGUCCUGGCAGAUGUUGGAGGAGUUGCAUUUUAAAUCCAAAGAUCUGUGGCUGUCAUGGUGGAGUUCAGCCCGUCUGGGCCUCCAGGCGGGACUCACAGAGGACCGACUGCAGAGCGCCUUGUCCUACCUGCAUGAGAGUGGGAAGCUGCUCUACUUUGAGGACAGCAUCACACUGAAGGAGUAUGUUUUCCACAAUCUUCCACGUUUUAUUGCAAUUCUUAAUGUCUUCUUUCAGAGGGACAAGUCCACUCUAUUGGACCGGCUGCUGUCUGAAGGGGAAAGGGGUGACAAGGGGAGAGUGAGUCUAGUUAUUGAGGAUGAGAAGGGAGAGAACCUCAGGGUCACUCAUCUUCAGCAGCACCUGGAGGGCUUCCUCCAUGAUGGCCUCCUGCCCUCCAAUGUCAUCCGCCUGCUCCUCAGACCACACAUUGAGACACAGCAGGACCUCCACCUCAUUAUGGAGCUCCUGGAGAAGAUGGGUGUCUGCUACUGCAUCAACAAACCUCGCACCAAGCCCUUGAAUGGAGCCACAGUGUGGUACAAGUUUCCCAGCUAUGUCAGUAGCGAGGAGGCUCAGUUUGAAGACUCAGUGGGAGGAAACUCUCUGAAUCUUAGCCCCUUGUUCUCAGUGGAGCAGCUCUACAUCCAGUACAGCUUCCCUUUCCUGUUUCCUCCUGGACUUUUUGCACGCUUCAGUGUGCAGAUCAACAACCAUGUGGUCCAGCGAUCAGAUGGCAGGCAUCAGAUAUUUGCCUAUCGGGGGAAGGUCCCAGUGGUGAUCAGCCACCAGCCCUCUAAGGGGAAGCUGUUCAUGGAGACUUUGUCCAUUGUUAGCCACGCCUCACUGCCUAACAUCUGGACCGCCUGGCAGGCUGUCACUCCGCUGGUGGAGGAGCUGAACAUGCUGCUGCAGGAGUGGCCUGGCCUGCACUAUAAUGUACAUAUUCUCUGUUCCAAGUGCCUCAAGAGAGGGUCGUCCAACCCGCAUGCCUUCCCGGGUGAGCUGCUGAGCCAGCUGCGCCCCGACGGUCUGACUGAGAUCAUCUGUCCAAAGAACGGCUCGGAGCGGGUCGACGUGGCCCUGGUUUACCCCCCCACUCCCACAGCUACGAGCCCCAAGUGACUCCACUGCCCCCCCACCACAGCCUUCACACCCAUCUACACAAAAACAUGGCUACCCUGGCUCGUUUCGCAGUGUCUCCAGACGCCACGUCCCCCACCACUCCUGCUGUCCUCCUCCAUCAUCAGCACCGCUGCUUCUGCCAACACUGGAGCUCACAUCAACGUUUAGGUUUGUGGCUCUGUCUGUUGGCUUCAACCUGGUGCAGACGGAGGAGUGGCUCAGCAUUCUGUAGCAUCAACCACAAACGCUGUUUCAGAAGUUUCUCCCUGGACUCUGAGAUGAAACAGUGAAUCUGAAUAGCAGUCUCAAACUCAUGGUGCAUUUAUUUGGUCAUUUAUCAACAGACAGUUUUUUUUUUCCAGAGAAACUUGUGAAGCAGAGAGACUGUUCUCUUCCCCCUGAGGAGAACCUGUUGAGCGGUGUGAGCAGGGUGAGCCAGGUGAAGAAGGCUCCCAUCCUGAAGCUGCAGACCUGCAGGGCAGCGUGGAGGAGAGCAGAAGCAGGGUGUCUUUACUCUCACAUGCAGCUAUUCAGUGCAGACCACAAGUCACAGUCAUUCAUCACAGACAUCUCAGUCAGGUCCUAACUAAAUGUAACUGCAGAAGACAGGCCAGCAGGUGGAGCCAAAGAUGCAGGAGGAUCAUUUAGAUAUCAGAGAAGCAGCCAGUAGGUCGAGCUGGUCUGGACGUUCUAAUCACUUCAUGUCAUUUCUCACACAAAUCAAAGCUGUUUCUGGGCGGGGCUUCAGGAAAUAUCUGGAAAACUACAUUUUAUUUUACCAUCAGACGAUCCAUGAAGCUGAGGACUAGACAGCAGCAGAGCCACCAUGGGCUCUGAAGCCUUUCAGGUGGUUCUUCAAGAAACAACUGUAAGAUAUUAACUACUCUCAACCAUUCAACGAUAUUUCACUUUAAAACUCUUGAACUGUCCCUUUAAGGCCUGCCCUUUCAAUGUCCAUUUGCAGCUAUGAUCACACAUGUUGUUUAGGGAAUGUAGUGAAACAUUUCCAGACUUUCCCCCCAAAUCCAAUUUUCUAAAAGAUAGCUUAAAAUAUCUGCUGGAAAUUUAUUGUAAACAGCUUUACUGAGAUAUCAGAGAAUGAAAAGUGACGUGAUUUUGAAAAUGAAAAAUCUGUAGCAACCCUGUGAAUAAUGUACAGGUAAUGACAAAAAUAAGUUUCCCCUCCCAGGACAGUGAAUGCAUCAGGAUUUAAGGAUGACUACAGAUAUGUCUUAUGUAAUGAAGGGUUUCGGUCGUCAGGCUUGUUGUUGACCUGAGGACAGAACGGCUGGCCACUAGAUGGCGCCACAAUAAACAACAAUGAUAAAAAGGUUUUGCAAAGGCGCCUCCUAAUUGUUCCAGCUGGAACUGCUCCCACAGAACUUUGCAAGAACUUUUCCUGUUUGUUACUUUCAUGUUUUUCUCUCCACAUGCAGUUAGUUUUAUUGUUCCAGAAUUUCCUACAUCUGGAUCUGAUAGACAUCUUGGAGAAGACAGCCCAGCUGUGGGACUGGAUCAUAACAUUCCUCUCAAAAUCCAGAUUUCUCAAACACUGACUACUAAAGAAAGCUUGAUUCUUAUUAUAAGUCAACUCAGACAUUUACGUGUGUGUGUGCGUGUGUGUGUGUGUGUGUGUCAAUAAAUUAGUACAUUAUUGAAAAGUUAAUUAAUUAUAAUAAUUAAUUCACACAGAAAUGUGAACCUAAGGCAAAAAUAUUUUAAUACCUCCUUAAAAGUUAUUUGUGUUAAUGCUACAAAUGAGCCUCAUUAGAACAUCAGAAGACAUUUUACAUUCUUAUGAGGUGUUGGGAUGUAGAUCCCUGCUGCUGCCCAAUGGGAUCCAUCAGAGCUGUGGAAAUGUGACAUGAAGUGCAGAAUGGAACAGACCGAAUGUGAAACAAAAACAAUCUACCAUUCAGCAGCUGAAGAACGUUUCAACACUAAGCAGAGAGUUUCCUGGACACCGCUCAUCGUGGCCUUGUGGUUUGCACUUCAUCAGGCCCUGAAUGAUGGCUGGUGAUCCACUAAUCUCUUCCUCACACGCCCUUCAACAGGUCACAUGUUAGCAGAGCAGAGUGUUCACAUUUUUCUCUCCACUGCCACCUCUGGCUGAACAACUGAACCGUUCAGAACAGUGACUGCUGUGAAAGGAUGAGAUCUGGUUGUUCCCACUCUAAAGAGCUUUUCUGCAGGAUUAAACUAAAGACUGUUUUCUUUCAUGUAAAUAAUAUCUUUAUUUUUCUACUUAGACACAACGUGUCAAGCUGUGGCAUAUUUACAGUGCAAUGCUGUGCAUGACUCGAGAGACAUGCAGAAAAGGUUUUAUAUGUAGCUGGUUUCAAUAUGAAUACCAAAUAAAUCAAUAUCUGGCUUUAAUGGGU